CACAGUAACAGUAAUGUAUAGGGGAAGAGAAGAAGGUGAGCAGGUGUCUGUGCUGCUGCCUCUCUGCUGAAUUGUAAAGGCCUGGCCAGACCGGCUGUCUAAUGAGUAGCAGUCUCUCACCCCUCCCAUCCCCUCCCUAUUCCCCCUCACUCCCUUCCCUGCUUGUGCUGCUGAGCGGCUGCAAUUGGAGCGUUCGCUACUUGUGCUCAGCCCUCCGCUCCUUCUCCGUCUCUCGCCCAACGUGACCGCCUGCGCCAGUGGAUCCCCGACCCCGGAGCUGCACCUCGGGAAGGUUCAGCAGUGAUGGACACGUACGUGGGUUUUUGGCACCACUUGUCAGCGUCUCACUAGAAAUGUUUUUUCCGAUCAGUCAGUCUGGAGCUGACUGAUAAAUAUGGGAUGUGCUUCGGCAAAGCAUGUAUCUACAGUACAAAAUGAGGACGAUGCACAGAAUGGCAAGAAUUACCAAAACGGAGAUGCCUUUUGUGAUGAAUACAGGAUUAAGCCAGUUGAAGAAGUCAAAUACAUGAAAAAUGGGGAAGAAGAGGAGCAGAAGAUUUUGUCGAAGAACCAAGAGAACUUGGAGAAAAGUGCCACCCACACUGCCAGAUCUAAAAGUAACACUGAAGCUGCUGGUGCUGGACAUCCCUAUCGGAUAAAUAUCCACAUCUCCGAGAGCCAGCAGGAGUUCUUCAGGAUGCUGGAUGAAAAAAUUGAAAAGGGACGCGAUUACUGCUCAGAAGAGGAGGAUAUAACAUAGCUUCAACUCCAGGCAAAAUGUGUAAAUAUCCUAACACACUGAGCAAGGCUCUGGCAAACGGAUCUUCUUAAUUGCAACAGCAAAGUGUAGCUGUGGACUCCAAUCGUUUUGCUGCCACCGUAUCUCUGCGAUUGUAUCGGAUCUUUUAUUGCAGCACACUGUCAUCUGCAAGAAGAAAUGCGCUGGUUUGGGUAAGAGAUUCUAUUGCUUCCAAUUUGCUUCUUGGAUACUGAACUAUGUGACAAGUGGAGGAGCCAAUCGGUGUAUUCCUCUGUCUAUUUGAUGGUCGUUGCAAUGGAGCCAGGGUUUAACGUGGGUGAAGAGGAACUUCUAACAAAACACCGCACACCGUGAUCUCAUCAAGGACUAAUUCCUGCUUCUUCCUCCCGCUUUAUUUCAGGAAAAGGUGUUCCGACCCAUAGAGGAAGGAUUUGAGAUGUCUUUGUUCUAAUUGCACAUACCAUCGUCUGUAAAUCAUCUGAACCCCCAACAAUUUUUUUUCUACUAAAAUAAAUGUUAGUUUUUA